ACUUGAGUACACUACAAUUCGAUAACAAGUGCACUGUAGAGUAGUUGGGCGUGAGUGAAUGACUACUGUGAGAAUUAAAUAAAAUCAUUCGCGCUUGCCAACUUCUUACUAAGUAGCUGUGCGUUAAGUUUUAAUAAAAAUAAUAUACCUACAAAUCAUUAAAAAAUGAUUUCUCGUGUCUUUUUUAUUAGUGUCUUCUGCGCCAUUAGCUUUAGUGCUGUUAUAUCAUCGAAUCGCCCUGAAUUAAAUCUAAAUGUGGUUAACCCUGGGUCUCGAUACCCUCCGACCAAAGGAGAGGUAUGGCCGAAACCGCAAUUUGAGAGGAAGAAAAAUACUUAUUAUUUAUUUAAGCCGUCGCAGUUUCAUAUUAGAGCAGUUACAAAUACCUGCGACAUAUUGAAGAAAGCAAUUGAAAGAUAUUCGUUUACAUUACGAACCUAUUUCAACAUCGCACGAUGGACGAAAGAAAUCAAAUCGCGAGAAAACACAAAAUCGUCCAAAGUACACCAUUCCACCGUAGACACCAGAGGAACUAUACAAGGGCUAGACAUCUAUUUGACAUCACCCUGUGAAGAUUAUCCGUAUCUGGGAAUGGAUGAGAGCUACGACCUCACUGUGAACCAAACAUCAUCUCUCACAUCUAAUUCAAUAUGGGGCAUCCUAAGAGGCUUGGAAACGUUUUCACAUUUAUUCUACUUAACCGAUGAUUCCACUGAAGUCCGGAUAAAUAGGACCGUGAUAUUAGAUUACCCGCGGUACCAUCAUCGUGGGUUAUUAUUAGACACAUCUAGGCACUUUAUAUCACUGAACAACAUUAAGAAGACUUUGAACGCUAUGUCCAUGAACAAAAUGAAUGUUUUUCAUUGGCACAUAGUUGAUGAUGAGAGUUUCCCGUAUCAGAGCGAGAGAUACCCUGAAAUAAGUGCACGAGGAGCAUUUCAUCCAUUAAUGGUGUACUCGAAGGCCGAUAUUCAGACAGUGAUCGAGUACGCCACUGAGAGAGGAAUAAGGGUUGUUCCGGAGUUCGACGUACCUGGUCACACUCGUUCUUGGGGUGAAUCUUACCCUAGCAUUUUGACUAAAUGUUAUCGUGACGACAAAGUUGUUGGUUUGGGGCCUAUGGAUCCGACGAACAAUGACACCUACACGUUACUUCGAAACUUGAUCGCUGAAAUACAAGAAUGGUUCCCGGAUAAGUACUUCCACGUCGGUGGCGACGAAGUGGAUUUGAAUUGCUGGUCCUCAAACCCAGACCUCAUUAAGUACAUGGAAGACCAUAACAUCGACAAGAAUCAGCUUCACGGACUCUUCAUGGAGAAAGUCAUACCAUUAUUAAAAGUUGACUCGACAGCCAUCGUUUGGCAAGAAGUCUUUGAUGAAGGUGUGCCCUUAAAUAAGGACGUGUUAGUGCAAGUUUGGAAAAACUAUCCCGAACAGGAAAUGGCAAAGGUUCUCAAAGCAGGACACAAAGUACUGUUCUCAUCGUCAUGGUACCUCGACCACAUCACGGACGGGUGGAAGGACUACUACCAACAUGAUCCAAGGACCAUGUUGGCGUCAUCUGUUGACGAGGGGCUCAAACAGAAUGUUAUAGGCGGAGAGGCUUGCAUGUGGGGCGAAAUGGUUGAUGAUUCUAAUGUUAUCAGCAGAGUAUGGCCUCGGGCAAGCGCUGUGGCCGAGCGUCUUUGGAGCCCUAUCACAUUGACCGACAGUCAACAACAAGACGCGUUGAACGACGCAGUCCACAGACUAGAAGAACACGCUUGUCGCAUGAACAGGCGAGGUGUGGCUGCACAACCACCAAAUGGGCCAGGGAAAUGCGUUACUUUCAAUAAUCUUUGAUUUUUUUUAAUGAUUUUUAUAAAUAGGUAUAAAAUACCACAAAAUAUAUGCAAAGUUUGAUUGAAAUAUUUUAUUUUUCUCUUUAGGACUUACUCUCACUGUUGAUCUAAAUUAUUUCUUGAGCUUAUUUCUUUAUGUAAAUAUUCACUCUACUCUCAUCAUAGGGUUUUCCCGGUUGAACUCUCUAUUAUUAUUUUUUCUUAAAAAAAAAACAAAAAAAAAGAUACAUAUAAGCAUACUACAGUAAACCUGAUGGUAACUGAUCACACCGAAGAUCACGCGAGACUUUUUACGUGAUUCGUAGCACUAUGUGUGUGGUAUGAAGAACUCGAGGAAGCUGUGCAAAUGAUUUAUCAAAGAAACUCAAUAUUAUUAUGGGCAAAAUAUAUCAUCUAUUUACAUUUUAAAAACAAAUAAAAUGCUGGUAUGAACAAUAUUUCUUAAAAUAAUACGAGUACUGAGAAAAAUCAUGCAUUUUAAACAUAAUAAACGUACAGGCAUUGUGUACGGAAUGAUAGCCAUUAAACUUGAUAUAGAACAAAGUGGAUAAGCUUGCCAUCUAUUUAAGGAUGAAAGGACGACAAUCUUCUAUUGGCCUAGUAAAUACCUGGUUUCAAGUAUUCUUAUUCACGUAUCUAUAAAAUAGAACGAAGAUGCACAAAGAUAUUUUUACGAGACUUCAAACAUUUAUUCAAUGAUAUCAAGUAUCAUUGAAAACAUUUUAUUCACAUUACAAAUUAUUUCGAAUUCCAAAUUAGUUUUAACCUGCUGUAGAAAAGGAGAUUUCGCAUUCAUAUGCUUUUAAAUGUGUGUUCGCAGAGAACUUCGUCGUUAGUAAACCGAUUUUGAUGAUUAUUUUGUAUUGCUAUUAAAAGCUUGUUAAAAAAGCCGUUGGUUAAUUGUUUGAAACAUUUUAAUGUGAUGUAUUAUCUUGCUCUUUUACCGUUACAUUCCUAUAAAUAGAGGCAAGUGGAGCUAAAUCUCUACGAAAACACUGUAAAGAUAUGUAUACAUGUAUGAUUUCAUCUAAGCACGAAAUCAUAAGCUAAAUUUAAUAAUUUAUCAAAUUAAUAAAAAAGAGUGACUAUUAGUUACUAAUUUCAAACUA